CCAUAGGAAACGUUUUGCAAACUGCAGUUGACGGCCCUCUGGAUCAAACUGGUUUUGGUGUAUGUAUAUUGAACGACGCCGAGUGUAGCAGCAAGUAGAAAAUGUUGACUGUGCUCUGCUUUAUAACUUUCGCGGUGUUGGUUGUAUCGGGACAGGAGCAUUCCGGAGUUUUGCGAAGAGCACUGCAUGAUGCUGCACUGCAGAAGCUAAACCAAUCGGCGAUCCGCAACACAAAUUGGGUAACACUGGGCAGCUGCGAUAUGGGUACGGUUGUUCAGCCAGCUGAUGAAUCUGGGCAUGGCUUGGCCAUCACAGCGUGCUCAAAUCCAUCAACUAUCGGCUACUGGUACCGCGCUGACCCGUAUUACAAGUACCUGUUCGAUAUCGUACAGUCACCGUUUGAUACCGACGGCAUCGCUGCGGUUUCUCAGUGUACCCAAAACCAAAUUUCCACUGUACUGCUCCCGGUAUCAGUAACACCCUUAAACAGCUUCACCGUGUGGCCCAAAGCCUGCUCGGUUUAUCGACUAACGUUCCGGUACACGAUGGCUGAUCAUCCCACAUUUUCCAGCACUCCCCACGACGAGUUUAACCUUAAAGUUUUCAUUGAAGAUUUCCCACUGGACAAGGCACCGCCGCCGCGUCCCACCGGCCCAGGUGGACAGGGUAACGGAGGCAAUGGUGUAGGAGUUCCGGUGGCUCCGGGAUCGUUGAAGUUAAUUUGGGGAACACAAGCCGAUUAUAGCAGUUUCACACCGGGAAGUUGGAAGUCAGUUGAGGUCGUUUUUGGACGCAGUUUCCAGCCGUUUAACGUUGGGUUGCACGCUUUCCACGACAAUGAGUGUCAGGCGCCCGUUAGAGCGAUUGCUGUGGAUGACAUCAAAAUCGAGCAGACUACCAUGAUCAACGAAGCCACAGGAUUUGGAUGGGCACUGACGAUGGUUAUCAAUACAUUGUCCGUGUCGCAGCAGUUUCAGAACCUUCUGUUUCACGAUCCAGUCGUGCAAUGUCUCGGCGAUAAUCCCGGCGUGGAAACCAUGGUCUGCUUAAUGCAGACUGACACUGCGCUGGAGUUUUACGAAUCGCAGUCAGUGCAGCAGUGUGUGGACGCUCAGGGCGGAAUGCAGCACUACAUCCAAACUGCAGCUUGGAUUGGACAUGCGCUGAAUACGGCCGCAGCGCUGGGCGCUACUACCGCUAUCGAACAAGCGAUCCUCGAUGAAAUGGGGCAGGUUGUGGGGCAGCAAAUCGUUUUGUGGCUGCAUGGCCGUCCGGAAUUCGGGACAUAAAACGACAGAAGUCGUGCAACGAAUGCAGAUGACUGGGAAAUGUUUUGAUCAUAGCAAACGAGAUGUUAAAGUUUGUGCUCUUUGGUUUGUGCUUUUCUACCUUCGUGCAUAUGAAAUGAAUUUCUCCGCAUGACAACAUUUCGGCUAUUACUAACAAAAAGCGAACUUUCUGUAGAAAUGUAGAGUUUACAGA